AUGCCAACCCCCAAGCUCUCAGCUCAAUACGUCGGGGCUUUCUUCGCACCGAUGAGCCAUCGAAAACGCAAGCGAGGCGUAGAGGUAUUGGAGGACUUUGACAUAUCUCCAGCUUCUUUUCGAACGCCAAGUCCACUUCAGUCACCUUCUGGGCCUCCCUCCUCGAAGAAGCGUAAAAAGAAGAAAACCAUCGCUCGCCGCACUGCCUCCGGCUACUCUCCCACCCCCCGACCUUCCAAGACGAAGAAUCACGAGAUGAACAUCAUCAUGGAGAAGAAAGGCAAAGUCGAGGGUGACAAGAGGAAGGAGGCUUCGUCUGUGUUUGAGGAGAGUGAUGUGGAAGUCUCUCCUGUGAACCCAGUCUCCAGUCGCCCACAAAAGAAAAAAGCCACAGUUGCAAAGCCCUCAACAUCGAAGACUGUAUAUCAAUAUGAGUUGGGACCACUGAGAGAUGUGCCCUGCCUACGGUGUGUUCGCAGCGCCAUAAAUAGAAUGUCUCCCAUCCAGUGCCACGACAGCGACCGCAAGAGGUGCGUGGGCUGUGUUAAUAUGAGGCUUGCCUGUGAACCUCUUCCCGACACGAUUCGUAAGAGAGUCCUUCAACUUCAUGGGCAGCAGAAUAACCCAGACACCUCGUACCGGGAGAAAAGCCUCAUCCGCUUUGCUCUGCGAGAUAUCCUUGCCCAGGAGAGGAAGACGAAGAGGGAGUCUAUUGCCCCUGCUGGUAAAGGGCAGAGGGCCGCAGACAAAGAGAAGAAGGCCGAGGCGGACAGUGCAGAGCAGGCUGAAACAAAGAGCAGGGAGCGGGUGGAGGGAAAUGAGGAUGAGAGUAGGGGCCAGACGGCCGAAGGAAGUUACAAUCCGGGGCCAGCAUGUAGCAAUAUUGCUGCUGGGCCUCUUGCGUCUGGUUUACGAAUCGCUAUUGAUAGCCUCGUUAGCAGCAGCGUAGUUGAGCCGGUGCGGCCUGCCUUUUCGCGGCUGCUGGACGAUUACGCAGCUGCUCUCUUGAAGAAGCAGUAA